AUGGGUAGUAAAGAACCAGUGAAACUGGACGAUGAACAGUUAUCAGAGCUCCGGGAGAUUUUCCGAUCAUUCGAUAGGAACAACGACGGCAGCCUAACGCAACUCGAGCUGGGAUCACUGUUGCGAUCCUUAGGACUCAAACCCAGUUCGGAUCAACUCGAUUCGCUUAUUCAUAAAGCGGAUAAGAACAAUAAUGGGUUAGUGGAAUUCUCCGAGUUUGUGUCAUUGGUGGCGCCGGAGCUUUUGCCGGCAAAAUCGCCGUACACGGAGGAGCAAUUGAAGCAGUUGUUUAGGAUGUUUGACAGGGAUGGAAACGGGUAUAUCACGGCGGCCGAGUUGGCUCACUCCAUGGCUAAACUCGGCCAUGCCUUGACCGCAGAAGAACUCACUGGGAUGAUCAGAGAGGCUGAUACAGAUGGAGAUGGGAGGAUUAGUUUUUCGGACAAUCUUUUUUUUCUUAGGUCUGGAUAUUUGUUUGCAAAAGAAGUUAGCCUGGUGAUGGUUAUACUGAAACCAGCACAGUAG